GUUCUUCCCGGGAACCUCCACCCGGAAUGCCCCGGGAUUCCCCUCCCGGAUUUUGCCCCCCCUUUCCCGGGGAGCCAGAUGGUUGCUGGGCGCCGGCAUGGCGGCACUGGGAGCACUGGGAGAACUGGGAGCACUGGGAGGGGACCCGUCCCCCUCCCCAGCUCCCAGUGCCCCCCUCCCUUUCCCCCAGGCAUCGACUUCAAGAUCCGCACUGUGGACAUCGAUGGCAAGAAGAUCAAGCUGCAGGUCUGGGCAUCGUCCUGGUGUACGACAUCACGGACGAGAAAUCCUUCGAGAACAUCCAGAACUGGAUGAAAAGCAUCAAGGAGAACGCCUCGGCCGGGGUGGAGCGGCUCCUCCUGGGCAACAAGUGCGACAUGGAGGGGAGGAGGAAAGUGCAGCGGGACGCGGCCGAGAAGCGCCAAGUCCAGCGAGAACGUGGAGGAGGCCUUCCGCACGCUGGCGCGGGACAUCCUGCACAAAUCCUCCCGCAAAGCCCCCCCCGGCAGCAGCAGCAGGGCCCUGCUGGAGCCCGGCCCCCCCCGGAAGGCCGGCGGGAGAUGCUCCCUGGGGUAGGGGCUCGGGAGCUCCCCGAGACCCCCGGGGCAGCGCGGGCGCCUCUCCGGAGGGAUCUGGGGGGGAAUCUGGGGGGAUUUGGGGCUGCCCCCCUCUCUCCUUGUGCCAUAAAGCCCCGCUGUGCCUUGUCCCGGCUCCGGAGUCUCUUUGACGGGGGUUUGGAGGGGCGGAACGGGGUCGGGAUCGCGGUCGGGACCGGGACAGGGACCGGGAUAGCGAUCGGGACCGGGCUCGAAGACGGGAAGGACAUCGAUACCGGGAUCGGGAUCGGGACCGGGACGGGACCGGGACCGGGACGAGCGGCGGCGAAGCCGCACCCAAGCCACGCCCACAACACCAAACUUGGUUUAAUGCCACGCCCACUCUGAGCCCCGCCCCACUCGGCCGCAU